UCCGUGAACGAAGAAGAAAAAGAUAGAGAAGAAACAGCUAGCAAGGAAAUAAAUUGUUUGAUGGUACUCACGAAGUUGAUAGGCGUAAGUGUUUUUUUGAGUCUGCCUCUCGGACAGCUCAACUGACACCCAGAGCUAGUGCUGAGCUUUGUACCGUAUAUAAAUUGUGAGCCUUCAGGAGAAAUGAGCGUCACGUAUUGAGGAAAUCGCGCAGUUAAAGAAGCUAUCUGGAUUGCUAACCGCUGUCAGCUUCAUCAAGGAGAGUUCUUUGUUUUGUUUCUCAGCUCAGUGCAAUCAUGAAACGAAGCUAAUCUUUUUUCUUUUUACUCCCAAUUAUUUAACAUGUGUGUAGAAGUUCAAUAAUCACGACAGGAAUGUAAUUGUUGAUUUUAACUUGAGCAGUUAAUUAUUCCUGGGAUACUAAAACUAACAUUAGCCGACCCAAAUCAAGUUUAGCAGCACAGUUGUGUUUUUCUUUUUAACGUCGGCUCUGAAAAGGACUGGAGGCACGGAAAAUGGGCAACUGCCUGAAGUCCCCAACAUCCGACGACAUCUCCCUGCUCCAUGAGUCUCAGUCCGAUAGGGCGAGUUUCGGUGACGGGACAGAUCCCGACCUGGAGCCGCCUCCACCGUACCAGGAGCAGGCUAACAUGCCCAUGUACCACCCGACACCCAGCCAGGCCCGUCUGGCCUCCCAGCUGACAGAGGAGGAGCAGAUCCGCAUAGCUCAGCGAAUUGGCCUUAUCCAGCACCUCCCUAAGGGCGUUUAUGAUGGAGGACCAGACGGUUCAGAGAAGAAGAUCAGAGAAUGUGUGAUCUGCAUGCUGGACUUUGUUUACGGAGACCCCAUUCGGUUUUUGCCAUGUAUGCACAUCUACCACAUGGACUGUAUAGACGACUGGCUGAUGAGAUCCUUCACCUGCCCCUCAUGCAUGGAGCCGGUGGAUGCAGCGCUGCUCUCCACCUAUGGACCAACCGAUUUCUCCCCUGAUGCUUAGAUCAAACACAGCCCCUCGGGCAAACCCAAAACGGCUGUCCUCUUAUUGAGUGAGAGGAGUUUAGAAAUGUGUUUGUUACUCGGCACUUUGGAAACUUCAGAAAUUACCCCCCCGAUGUUGGCCUUUCAUCCCUCUAAGGUCUGAUGCUAAUUUAAGCUGGUCUUAAAACAUCAGUUUCCAGUCAGUCAGAAACAGUUCCUCUGCAUGUUCGUGCUUCUGUGUGUUCGUUUGACCCAGGUUGUGUGAUCUGCUGCUGCAGGGUGGAGAACACAUUGGAUUUGUGAUUGUGUGUGUGUGUUUGUAUGAGAGAGCAAAAGCUCUGUGGUGAUUGAACAGUUUCUUCUGAGCUGGUCUCGCUUCACCUUACUGCUAUCACUAGAUCAAAAAAUGGAUUCAAGAGGACAAUUAGUUUACCAUAAUGACUCGUAAGCUAAACGUUUGGAGUUUGUUGUAACGUUGAUCUUCUCCACAUAAUUGAAAUUUAAAAAAGCUCCAUCGUUAUGUCGUAUACAGAUGCUAAGACUUACACUUGUGUCUAAGGAAGAGUCUAGAUUACAAAAAAAACAUGCAUAAAUACAACAAAACUCACUUGGUUUAAUAGACAGCAUAUUUGUUACAUGAAUGUUGCACCAGGUUAUGCAUUGGUUUUCCGUCGAGGGCGGAUUUGUGCAUGGGAGAGAGUUGGAGGAAUCAAGUCAAACAUCACAAAUGCUUGCACACCUUUCAUCUGAUCAGAGAUUUGCACUUUACUUAUAGGACAUUAUCUAAAACAAUAUAUUAAUAUAUUUACCUUAUAGCCUUGCACUAUCGAAACGUCUUUCUUUUAUCUCCUGAGAUGCAGGAGUUCUAUAACGAAUAAAAGAUAUUUCUCUACUGUCAGUACUGAGUAAGCCUGAUGAUGCAUUUCAAAAAAACAAUGACUAUGCUGCGUGAACGUCUUAUUUUGUUUUCUGUGAUUUAAAUUAGAUGUUUGUUUUUUUCUUCUAAGAAGGGACAGAGGCUUGCUAAAGGUGAAGGGAAUAUUUUGAAACUUUCAGAUAGUUUCCUGCUACAUAAUUGUAGCAAAUAAAAUGUAAAUGGAUAGAUGUAAAGUCUCGUAAAAACAGCAACAUCCACUUGCCAGCUAAAUACUUAUUUUGCUUUAGUUUUCAUAUUGUUUCGUUUUGCUUUAUUUUCUUCUCGAUUUAUCAUUUUAAACAUUUAUCAUUUUGGUCUUGUGUUGUUAGUGUCUUUCUAGAAGUUUGUUUUGCAGCGACGCACUGAACAGCCUUUUUAGGUCGAUACAACUGUAUGGUUUGUUCUUUUCCGUGGCAUUUACCACAAAAGGAAAAAAAAAAACAUGUUGCUUUGUCUUAUAGACAGAGUAGUACAGAAUCCAAAUUAAAUCGUGGAAUUACAAUACAA